GAGCACAGCGAUAGGAGGACGAUAUUCACGGCCACGGAGAGGAGUGCGAGUCCCUCAAAGUCCGAAACUCGAAGCGCAGACAUCGGAGCCCACAUUUCGAAUUUAGUACGCGAUUGGAUCGGCUGCGGUGUGGAUCGACGACGAGUUCCGCGAGUUUCCCGUAUUGCGUAGAUGGAGAAAAUUUUUGCAAGUGAAUUUUUGCGGUCGUAAUUGCGUUCGAAAUAUUGUGUCGUGUGUCGUUUCCCACCUCACCCACUCUCUCUUUUUAUCGCCAAUCUCUGACCAGGUGUGUGAGUGCGUUUUGCAAAAGAUAUUGCGUGUGCAUAGUGAAGGGUUAUUCGAUUGGGAAAAAAGUGAUCGACAGCAGCAAAUUCGAGCGCCCAGGAAAAUUCAAAAAGUGGAGGAAUUGCUCAUUUCCGGGGAUCACGUUUUAUUGCAAGUGGUCCAGUGCAAGUGUUGAAAGUGUUUGCGAUUAGACGCAAAAAAAAGUUGUGAAUAAGCGAAAAAAAAUCAAAAAGUAAGGAGAAAAAUUGUAAGAAGAAGCCACAAAUAUCAAGUGUUUGAUAAGUAAUACGUAGAAUCAGAAUUCGACCGGAGAGGAUUAUUGUUUGUCUCGGCGAAUCUGCCGGCCGGAGGGAGCGCGUCUAGGCGAGCUUCACGAGAGAGUAGCAGCAGCAGCAGCAGUGUGAUUAAAGUGAAUACGUGAGCAUAGCUCGGCGCCCCUUCCUACCAAAGUGUAGGAGAUAUACACAGCAGGAAAACAAGUGUGAGAGCCGUCGAAGCCGUCGUCGGAAAUACAAACAGAGGGCUUGCCGCCGUAGAGCACCACCGAAGUCAAGCUGGCGGAAAUGUCGACAGAACGGGAACUGACUCCCAGUGGACCUCCACAAUUGCAUCCUCUGUCCUACUCUGAUCUGGCCACUCACAUCCAGCUGAAUGGAGUCAACAUCAUGGGCAAGAAUUUCAGUGAAACACCAUGGAAUACUUCGCCGCCAAGGCCUCCAAGUCCGACUCAGUCGCAGACCAGCUUCGAUACACUCUCACUUUCUACCGAACAGAUAGGAUCAAUAACAGCAGCUCCUCCAGCUGGUGCCACAGUAAACCCAACGCCGGUGUCGACCACUGCCGGAGCGCAGAAUGUGGCCAGCAGUGCCCUCGGGGUGGUCCCGGCAACGCCACCGGCUCCUCCAGAUCUGCCCGUGUUCACCUGUCCCCGCCGGCCGAAUCUUGGACGCGAGGGACGACCGAUCGUGCUGCGUGCCAAUCACUUCCAGAUUACGAUGCCCCGGGGCUUCGUGCAUCACUACGACAUCAACAUCCAGCCGGACAAAUGCCCCCGGAAGGUCAACCGGGAGAUCAUCGAGACGAUGGUGCACGCGUACAGUAAAAUGUUCGGUGCGCUGAAGCCGGUAUUCGAUGGGCGUAACAAUCUGUACACAAGGGAUCCUCUACCGAUUGGAAACGAUCGUGUGGAGCUGGAGGUUACGCUGCCGGGCGAGGGAAAGGAUCGCGUGUUCCGCGUCACCAUCAAAUGGGUGGCACAGGUUUCACUGUUCAACCUGGAGGAAGCCCUCGAGGGACGCACACGACAGAUCCCAUACGAUGCCAUACUGGCGCUGGAUGUGGUAAUGAGACAUCUGCCCAGUAUGACGUACACCCCGGUUGGCAGAAGUUUCUUCAGUUCGCCCGAUGGUUAUUACCAUCCCCUGGGCGGAGGUCGUGAAGUGUGGUUUGGUUUCCAUCAAAGCGUCCGUCCAUCACAGUGGAAGAUGAUGUUGAAUAUUGACGUUUCUGCCACGGCUUUCUACAAAGCACAACCGGUCAUCGAGUUCAUGUGCGAGGUACUGGACAUUAGGGAUAUCAACGAGCAACGCAAACCUCUCACCGAUUCUCAACGUGUCAAAUUCACCAAGGAAAUCAAGGGUCUCAAGAUCGAAAUUACCCACUGCGGUACGAUGCGUCGUAAGUACCGCGUCUGCAACGUCACCCGUCGACCAGCGCAAAUGCAAUCCUUCCCUCUGCAGUUAGAAAACGGUCAAACCGUGGAGUGCACCGUGGCCAAAUACUUCCUCGACAAGUACAAGAUGAAGCUUCGCUAUCCUCAUCUGCCGUGCCUGCAGGUCGGUCAAGAGCACAAGCACACCUAUCUCCCAUUGGAGGUGUGCAACAUUGUAGCCGGCCAGCGGUGCAUCAAGAAGCUCACCGAUAUGCAGACAUCAACCAUGAUCAAAGCCACGGCCAGAUCGGCUCCCGAUCGUGAACGCGAAAUCAACAGCCUGGUGCGUCGUGCCGAUUUCAACAACGACGCCUACGUGCAGGAAUUCGGCCUGGCCAUCUCGAACAGCAUGAUGGAAGUGCGCGGCCGGGUGUUGCCACCGCCGAAGUUACAGUACGGAGGACGCGUUUCCAGCAUGAGCGGACAAUUACUUUCUGGUCCACAGAAUAAGGUGAGCUUAGCAUUACCAAACCAAGGGGUUUGGGACAUGCGAGGCAAACAAUUUUUCACCGGCGUCGAAAUCCGCGUCUGGGCCAUUGCGUGCUUUGCGCCGCAGCGAACCGUCCGGGAGGACGCCCUGAGGAACUUCACCCAGCAGCUGCAGAAGAUCUCCAACGAUGCCGGAAUGCCCAUCAUCGGACAGCCGUGCUUCUGCAAGUAUGCCACGGGGCCGGACCAGGUGGAGCCCAUGUUCAGAUAUCUGAAGAACACGUUCAACGCGCUGCAGCUGGUGGUGGUCGUGCUGCCCGGAAAGACACCUGUUUACGCGGAAGUCAAGCGCGUAGGUGACACCGUACUCGGAAUGGCAACCCAGUGCGUUCAGGCCAAAAACGUGAACAAGACAUCACCGCAGACACUGUCCAAUCUCUGCCUGAAGAUCAACGUCAAACUGGGUGGAAUCAAUUCAAUCCUUGUGCCAUCAAUCAGACCAAAGGUAUUCGACGAACCGGUUAUCUUCCUGGGUGCGGACGUAACUCAUCCACCGGCCGGAGACAACAAGAAGCCCUCGAUUGCGGCCGUGGUCGGUUCGAUGGACGCCCAUCCAUCGCGUUACGCUGCUACGGUCCGGGUGCAGCAGCACCGCCAGGAGAUCAUCCAGGAGCUGAGCAGUAUGGUUCGGGAGUUGUUGAUCAUGUUCUACAAAUCGACGGGCGGUUUCAAGCCCCAUCGGAUCAUCCUGUACCGGGAUGGCGUAUCGGAGGGUCAGUUCCCGCAUGUGCUGCAGCACGAGCUGACGGCCAUUCGAGAGGCGUGCAUCAAGCUGGAAGCCGACUACAAGCCGGGUAUCACGUUCAUUGUGGUGCAGAAGCGUCAUCACACGAGACUGUUCUGCGCAGACAAGAAGGAACAGAGCGGCAAGUCGGGCAACAUUCCGGCCGGUACGACCGUCGACGUGGGCAUCACCCAUCCGACCGAGUUCGAUUUCUAUCUCUGCAGUCACCAGGGCAUUCAGGGCACCAGCCGCCCGUCGCAUUAUCACGUCCUGUGGGACGACAAUCACUUCGAAUCCGAUGAGCUCCAGUGCCUGACGUAUCAACUGUGCCACACGUAUGUCCGGUGCACCCGUUCCGUUUCGAUUCCGGCACCGGCGUACUACGCCCAUUUGGUGGCAUUCAGGGCCAGGUACCACUUGGUCGAGAAAGAACACGAUUCGGGCGAAGGAUCUCACCAGAGUGGUUGCUCCGAGGACAGAACGCCGGGUGCGAUGGCUCGUGCAAUCACCGUACAUGCCGAUACCAAAAAAGUUAUGUACUUCGCUUAAAGAAAGUAUUUUUUUAUACAGUUUGUUCGAUAUAUUAGUUACUUUUAUAAUUUUUACAAAAUUUUACAUAUUUAUGCAAUUGAAAACUUGUUUCGUAUACAAAGAAAUCGCGUGAAUUUCAAACUUUAGUAGCAUCCUUACUGAUAACAACCAGGAAAAGGGCACUAUUUCGUCGCAAACGCCAGCUGAAUAAAACCUAGAACUCAAUUUGAAACACGCAAACACUAACCAACAACAGAAUAACAGAACGAUCGAUAUUAUUGCUUCAGUCAGGAUUAGUAAAGUGUAUGAAUUAUUCUUUAAUCUAUAUAUGCAUAUGUCGCUUAUCUUUCAGCUACUAAAGCACAUUUAGUAAUUACUUAAACGCAGUUUAGUGUUAGGACUUAGUUUUCCGAGCAGCAAGAAUUGUGCAACUCCACGGAAAGGCAAACCACGGUGUCGUAGCUAGGCAGCAGCUAAGGUAGAAAGAAGCAGGGGCAUCCCUCACAAAACGAAUUACAAACUCGAGCAAUAGCAAUGCAAGUAAAAGCUUCUCGUGGAUUCUAGAUUUUAGGUUCCAUAAAUGCGUAUUUUUUAUUGCCGCAAAUUAUCAUGUAUGAUUGCAACAUAUAUUUACACAUUUCUCUUUAUAUAAUCAAAACACCAAUUGUAACAAACAACACAACAAGGUUUCUUUACAUUUACGAUUAACAUUUACUUUUGCUCAAACACGUACAUUUGAUAGGUUUCGAAACACGGCUUUAAACCCCAAAACAACUAAAGAUUGUGAACUCUUCGGAAAAAUUUCAUAUAGCUUCCAAUUUAGUUUUAUUACUUGUAUAGUUCUAUUUCUAUUAAUUGUACAUUAGUGUACGGACACGCCUCACAUCCUAGCGUUUAAGUGAAGAGGCUUUUCAAGGGACACCACACAUAAACACACACACAGAAACAACACUCACCGACAUCAUCUAUAGAACAGCUCCGGGAACAGUGAAAAACAAAAUUUUCAUAUAAGCGCAAUGUGAAAGCAACAAAGAAAAAAACAAGGGAAAUUAAUUUUAACUAAAACAGUUAACAACAGGAAACAAACACACAGACACAGAAACUUACUACCAAUUACUUAGUGCUUUUGUUUUUCUGUACCAACUACCUACCUAGUUUGUGUUUGUUAUAGUUAACUAGUUUCUAUGAACACGAAUCGAAAUGAUGUGGUGGAAAUUGUUUAGAAUACAAACAAGGAUUGUGAUAUUUAUUUUACUGUGAAAACUGUUCGUUUGGAUGUGGUUUCAGUUUGAAAGAAGUUCUCUGGUUUGUAAUAUCGGAUCAGAUUUAGUAUCCGUACGAUAUUUGUAAGCUCAAAAAGUGUUGAAUUGGCGGUCUGGUAUUUCAGAAUUGUUUAUGGUAAACGCAGUAUAAUCGCUUCACAGCGUUAUGGGUAACACACAAAUAUGCAUCAGUGUUGGAUUAAACCCAGAAUUUCUUGUCUAAAGGUUUUAAAGUUAUGCAAAUUACUUUCGAACCGCCUUCGAUCGAACAGUAUUCACAGCGUAAAAUCAAACAAUCCAACUGACAAAGCGAACAACUCAGCUUUAAGCCAAUCUCUGCGAAAAUCAAAAGGAUAACACUCUUUAGGGAACAAAUCUCAACCAAACGCAAUAGGUAAAGAAAAAUACAUUGAAUGCGAAGUCUUAGACAUUCCUCAAAAUCAGACAAUCUAAACCGUUGUCUGGUCAAAUUAUGCGAGCGAAAAUGAACCAUUUUUUAUUGUUUUUCGUUUUGUUAACUAUUAAAAAGGGGUUUAAUUUUUCGGUACACCCUCUAGCAUUGAAAGCGUUAUUAAUCGAUAAAGAAGUACUCGAGCCAACUAACUUAUUACCUAAACUAAAAGGAAUAAAACUAUUAAAGACGAACGCAAAAAAAAAAGUGGCGGUCACUCACUCCGGUGAGUGUCACACACGAAAUCAAACAAGGGAGUAAUUUUAUAAGUAGUGAAAAUCUAUUCGUUUCAACCUCACAGUCCCACACAAACAAAACACACACUCUCUCUUUCUGAUGAUCAUCAAGGAAAACGCAAGUAUCGUCGUUUUUAUCUAGUUUUGUUGUAUACUAUUGUAAGAACUCAAAUCAGGCAACAAGAGCCAACCCUAAGUGAGAGCCUAUGAAGAAGAAACGCGAAACUUAAUGAAGCGGAAGUUGAACGAAGGAAAAGCAAAACCUUGAAACAAUUAAUGAUGGAACAAAGCCACUAAACAUCAUAUAUGGGAAUAAAUUUAAUCCAGUUGUAAGUAAAGUCGCAUACUUAGUGGGUAAGUCAAGACGGCGGAAAAAAAAUGGAUAAUAUUAGUAAAUAGGAAAACUGCAAAGAGCUCUUAUCGAUUUAUUAGGACUACGGUUCUUAGAGAAAAUGGAUGUAUCUCUCAAUGUGUUUUGUAUUUUUUUUUCCAUUAGAACAACGGUCAAACCCCGGGAAAUUUAGGGACGUGGGCAAGAAACAAUGGAAUGCGAUUUAUCAAACGUCCACGUCCCGGCAAACAAUUCAUUACUUCAAUAUAUGUGCGUGUGAAAGAACAAGAUGAAUUUAACACUUACCCAACGUAAAGAAAGCAGCAAACGUGCAGACGAAACACAAUAAAAGGUGUAAUUAGCUUGUAAGAAUUUUAACCAAAAAGGGAAGAAACAAAAAGAGAAUCAAUCUACGCACCAUUUUUAGGAGAAUAAGCGCUAAACAAAAGGUUGGACAGACAUAGGAUCUAUGGAAGAAGCGGUCGAAGUCAUGAAUUAUUAUAUUUAAUUAGAAGGAACGUUAACACUUUUCUCACACGUCGCAGAAGAAUACACCAAAAUGAGUAAAUUA